CAAUGUGAUCAGUAAUGGCCUCUUCCUGUUAACACUAGAAGCUUGUUUAGCUUUAAUGGUUUCCAUUUUUUCUACCGAAACGUCAUUAAUGUUGGAGUUUCACCGUUCUCGGUCCGAGUGGCUCCUAGUUUAAAAAUGAAAUAUCUUUCCACGAUGUAAAAGAAGAAGCUCUCGUUUUCCCCGGCAACAGUAGACACUUGGAGAGACUGCAGAAUGAAUCAACGUGAGUGGAAAGAUGCUGUCCACAGACUCCAGAGACUUCUGGAGCCAAGCCGCCACAGCAUGGGGAAUGCCUCCAGAGGUCACAGAGACUGGGACACUUACCAUGAACACUCGAGAUAUACUGUUCCUGAACCACAUAGGAGUGAUGUGAGGUGGAAAGAGCUCAGUUCUUCAUCUCAUCAUGUUCAUAGUAAAGUCCCAGAGGUGGAGGACCCGGACGGAGAGCCGCUGCCAUAUAGUGAAGAGGAUGUAGAGCUAGCAAGAAACAAGCAGCUCCUCAGAGAGAUGGAGGAGAGAAUUAUGCACAAGAAAGCUACCCUCGCUAUGAAAACGCGGUUUGUGGAGACACCACCAGGUGUUUCCGGUGACGAGCAGCCGGCUAUGUGUGUAGAUCAAACUCUAAGAGACAGAGUGAAGGAGAUUCUGAUGCAGCGACAAUACCUCAGCUAUUUCUCAAAGGUGCAGUCGGCCAGAGAGAGAAGGAGCUCCUCCUGCCCGAGCAAAGGCGGUGUGCUGCAGGAACAGCAUCCUCUGAAGCUCAGAGUGAAGGUUGUAAUGAAGAAGAGACACACUGUUUUACCACCUUACAGUGAACAGGACCCUGACGUUGCGUGGCCUCCUUCCAGCCCAAGCGUUACAUCACCAGCUAAGAGAGAGGACGUCAUCAACAAGGGUUUUGAGUGCUUCCUCAGCGUGCUCAACAAAGGAGUUGACAUCAACUUGCUCAAACCUGAGGAUGACUGUGGCGAGGUCCCUGGUGUGUCACUGCCACCUCUCGGCCGAAGCAUUUCUUCACCAGCAAAGGAUGAAAAUAAUGUCAACAAGGGUUUUGAGCGCUUCCUCAGCAUCCUCAACAAAGGCGUGGACAUCGAAAAGUUUAACAAGAUUAUGAGCAAUGAUAGAGAGGAUCUUCCUUUAGGUGAGGAGCCCCUGAACAUUCAGCUCCCUGACAUGGAGAGCAAAUCAGAUCCACCCUUUAGGACUGAGAAGCAACAGCUGAAUAGUGGAGCUUCGCUGCUGGGCCUCAGACAGCCCAGUGAAAGUAUACUCAGCAUGGACAAUGACAUUGAGCCGAGCCUCACCCAGAGAAAGGAAAGCCAACGGUUGUUUAGUGGUGCCUCACUGCAAGGUCUCAGCCCACCCAGUGAAAACCAGUGCUCAAACAGUAGAGCCAUUCUGUUACUCAGCCAGGCCAGUGAGAGCCAGCGGUCGAAGACUGAAGCCUCGCUGAAAGGCUUCAGCCAUCCCAGCAAGAGUAUUGGCAGCGGUGCCUCACAGCCAGUACUCAGCAAAGCCAGUGACAGUGAGCGGGCAGGCAGUGGAGCCCUGCUGACAGACUUCAACCACGCCAGUGAAAGCCAACAGUUAAAUACCGGAGCCUCACUGUCAGGCUUCAGCCUACCUAGUGAGAACCAGCACUCAAAAACUAGACCCAUUCUUCUAAGCCACGGAUGGGAAAGUGAGAGCCAUCUAUCGAAGAGUGGAUCCUCACUGAAGGAUCUCAGUCAAAAAAAUGAGAGUCUACUCAGUACAGCCAAUGAAGGUGAACCGGGCCUCAACCAGGCAAAGGAAAGCCAACGAUUAAAUACUGGAGCCUCGCUGAAGGGCCUCAGCCAGUCCAGUGAAGGUACUGGCAGUGGUGCUCCACAGCCUGGACUCAACAAAGCCAAAGACAGUGUGCGGUCAGACAGUGGAGUCCAGCUGACGGGCCUCAGCCAAGCCAAUGAAAGCCAACAGUUAAAUACUGGAGCCACAUCACCCAGUGAGAACCAACUCUCAAACACUAAGCCCGUUAGGCUAAACCUCAACUGGGCAAGCAAGAGCCAGUCAUUGAAAAGUGGACCCUUGCUGAAGGGUCUCAACCAGGACAGUAAGAGCCAGCAUUUAAAGAGUGGUACCCUAAUUCCCGGGCUCGGUGAUGACAGUGACAGCGAGUCAAAUGGUAGAAACCUGCUGGCAGGCCUCAACAAGACCAACAGUAGAGAGAAAGAGACUGACUCAUCUACUCGAGAGAGGCUCUUCUUACCUGGUGAUGAGGAGAAGAAGAAGAAGAGCAAAAGAGACCACAGUUUGGGCUCUAGUAAUCGAUUAAAGUCUCCGGUGGCAUUGAAGAAGAAGAAGGAGGAGGAGGAAGAAACCUCAUCGGUGAGUGAGCAGCGUGAACAGCUGCAGAGCAUUCUUAAAACUCUGGGAUGGAACCUGGACGUGGACGAGCUGAGCAAACUGGCAAACCGCACUCAGGAGAGGCUGUGUGGGAGGAAAAACGAACGUGUGAACAGCAAAGAGGAGCACGAGAGGCGCCAGAAGCACUCUCGUGACCGAGAUCGCAGGAAGUCCUCGUCACGCUCUCCUCUGCGGAGCAGCAAAACAGACCAGAGUCAGGAGAGAAUGCAUGGGAGCAAGAACGAAGGGAGGGUGAGGAAGAGUGAAGGGAGGAGGAGGACUGACAGCAGAGGGGAGGACGAGACGCAGCAGAGGCGCUCUCUUAGAGAUCACAGAAAUUCCUCGUCCUCAUCUUCCUCCAGGUCAGCCUCUAGAAGCUCUAGUCCGAGCCCCUCAUGCCGUCGACGCUCUCGCAGCAGAGAUUUGAAACGGAGGCAAAAGGCCGAACGAAGCCGCUCGCGAGAAAGAAGCAGAGAGAGACUGAAACACAGAGAUCGAUGGAACAGCAGAGAAACACUGAGGGACAGAGAGCGAAAAGACUCGAAACAUUUUUCUGCUCAUCCAUAUUCACAAAAUCCCGUGUUUCCUCAUCCCGCUGCUUCUCCAUUUCCAGACUACAUUUUGUCUCAGUACUCGCAUUUUGCUCUUACCCAGAGUGGCCACUACAGCGGUGCUACAAAUCCUUACUGGUCAUAUAAUCAGUAUAACACUCCUCCCUCUCUUUCUGGCAGCAGCCAUCCUUACCCACACUUUCCUGGCCCUGUAGUGGCACCUAACAUGGCUCUCCCUGAUCCCAGCCUUCUUACAAACAGUGCCUCAUUUCCAAACCCGGACCUGUCUGUGAGCGAAGGCCAAGAUGGGUCAGCCUCUGUUUCUCGCUGCCUGAGAGUCAUCAAUACCGAGCAGGCAUCCUCUCAGAGCCUCACAGGUGGACACAACUGGAGACGGGGUCACAAAGAACUUAGGGGAGAUUUCAGGAAUCCCAAAAAUAUUUUAGAGAAACACAAUAAUGCAUUAAAGACACCACUGGCACCACAGGACUCAAAGGUAUGCACAAAGACUGUGGGUAAUGACCCCUGCACUGAGGAGUUAAAAGAGGAGAAGCCGCAGCUAACAGAGGAGGAAAUAAAGGCGAACCUGAGGAAAAAGCUUGAAGCUUUUAACCAGAAGGCAAAGAACACGAGCCAGAUGCCUCACUCCAAAGUCAUGCAGCCGGCAAACUCCCUGAUCUCCGAGAUAGACUGAAUGAAGCGUCUGUGUCCAGUAAAGAUUUUUAUUUUUUCAGCUUUGUUCACAUGUAAUGCUGAGUUUGAACUCUUCCUCCACAUUUGUCCCUGACCUCUAACGCCUGACUGUCAUCUGAAAUAGAUUUUUGCACAGUUCAUUAUUGGUCUGCUUUCAUGUUUUAGCUCUGUGCUUCUGUGAAUGUCACCAGUUUUGUUUAAUGUUGAUUACAAGAACUAUUUUUUGUAGGCCGUACUGUAGUUUGUUAAGGAGAAAUGUAUAUUUUCAUUGUUAAAAAGGUUUCAGCCUGUACAGUUUCUGGUUUUACAUUCACUCUGUCAC